AUCUCUCUCCCCCCCCCUCUCUCUCUCUCAACUUGAAGUUACCUAAUAUUUUGCGUGAAGAGCUUGAAGAUAUGAUGGAGGAAGACAAUGGUUUUGGUGACGAAGAAGAGCUUGUGAGGGAGCUUCUCAACAACGAAUCUCCUCUCUUCAUGACGAUGGACCCAUCGACGGAGACGUCCAAUCAAGAGGCCGCCAUCAAGCGGCUCAUGUCCAAUGUCUAUUCAGGCCCCACGAUCCAGGACAUCGAGAGCGCCUUGUUCUUGAGCGCCCACCCAAUGGAUAUUCAACCACCGCAAGAUUAUUCACCAGCCAGGUCUCAAACUUCGUCGUUCCAGAGGGGGCUCGACAAGAUUGACCACAAGUAUACGCUUAAGAUAAAGAGCUGUGGAAAUGGGACGACCGAUGACGGAUACAAAUGGAGGAAAUACGGCCAAAAGUCUAUCAAGAACAGUGCCAAUCCGAGGAGCUACUACAAGUGCACAAACCCAAGGUGCAACGCCAAGAAGCAGGUGGAGCGAUCCGGCGACGACCCGGACACACUCAUCGUCACCUAUGAAGGUCUCCACCUCCACUUCGCUUACCCUUACUUCCCCCUUGGCCCCGUCCACCAACUGGACCCCCCGGUCAAGAAGCCCAAGAAGGCCGCUUUGUCGACCGAUGACCAAGCCCAGGACAAGCCCAAUGAAGUCCUGGAAGCGGAAGGAAGCACCGACGCCUUCAAGACUGGGCUGGCCCAAACUGCGAUGGAAGGCUGUCCUCUGGGCCUGACCCAAGAAGCAAUGGGCCACCAAGGGCUCGGGCUUCUCGAAGACGUGGUGCCUUUCAUGAUUAGGAACCCAACAAUGAAAAAUGUCUCGGACCAUUCGUCGUCUUCCUCUUCAUCGUCGUACAACCACCUUUCGCCCCCGAAUUCGCCUUCUUAUCAGUCAUGCUCCCCGAGCUAUGCACCGCCAUAUUAUGGCAUAGGCCUCGGCUCAUGCAUCAAGUGAACAUGUGUGCACAUACGUAAAGUCAUAUAUAGUUUAAAAGGUGAAUAAUUAGGCAAUGUUUCUAAGGUUUCUUUGCAUUGUAACAGGAACGUACCCGGUUUAUCUAUAUAUAGCUGUAAUAAGCGAUAGUUAUAUUAUAUAAA